AUGGCAAAGCAGGAGAAGGUCCAGAUGCAUGUGUUCAAGUUCAGGACCGACUAUACCAAAAUGCGAAAUCAAUUCGAGAAACUAAAGGCGGGAGCAGUACGGGCAGUAUCGAGACUGCUCGAAGAUGCCAACAUCUGCCACGCCCCUCUCACCCUCAACGAUGUUUCAAGACAACAAAUCCACCGCGAUCAACCCAAAAUAACCCGAAGUCGUUUCCCCACUCCACAAAAAGGGUCUGGCGGAGAGCACCAAGCGUUAGAUGAGCAUACCUUCAUUCAAAAACACGGACACCCGGCUGGAUGA